AUGGCAUCGAUGACGAUCAAGUGUAACAUCUCCGAAACACACACAAUAGACAAAGAUUCGGCGAAAAACGAAAUUUCAAAAAAUGACGAAGACGAAAAACAUAUGGCGGACGAAGAUACGGCAAAAAAAUUUCAGGAAUAUUUGAGAAAGUACGAUAAAGAUGACGAAUUAGUGAUCGAGAAGAUUGAAACCAUGAAUGGGUCGAAAUUCGGUGACAAUUACAUGUCGAAAUUGAUCAGAAUAAAACUUAUCGGCAAACAAGGAAACGGAAGUCCGUAUAACAAAACACUUAUAUGGAAAAAGUUUAUCGAUGAGCCCGCGAUCACUGAAAAGGUGGAUCUCAACCUUUUCUUCUGUCAGGAGCAGCGGGUUUAUCAGAAAAUACUGUCUGUUCUUAAAAGUUUCGCUCCCGACUGCGUACACGCUGACGAAAAGAAUAUAAUAAUGGAAGACCUGGCGCAAAAAAAAUACGUUCUCUGCGAAAGGCGCAAUUUUCUAGACUUGAAACACACCGUUUACGUUUUAAAGACACUUGCCAAAUUUCACGCGUCGGCUUUGGCGGUAAAAAUUCAGAAUACACAGCUCUUCAACGAAUGGACGUCUGCUUUGAAGGAAGUGAUCUAUAUAGAUGAUUCGCCCAGUUCAAAGAUGAGAAUAUACACCCAAAAAGCUUUGGAAACAACAAUCGGUUACAUGGAAACUAUCCUGCCGCGAACUCAGGAACUGGAAGAUGUCACAGAGCACCUUAAGAUCAACGUCAACGCUUACGAUAAAAUGCAUGAAAUAUUCAACGCUCCGAAUCACAAGUAUCACACAAUCUGCCACGGUGAUCCGUGGAUCAACAAUCUGCUCUUCUUGCACAACGACGAGGGCGAGAUAAUCGAUCUGAAGAUGCUGGAUUAUCAGAUAUCCCGUCACCAUUCGGCGGCCACCGACGUGCUUUAUUUUAUAUACACAAGCGUGCCAAUAUCGCUGAUCGAAGAGAGCUACGAGAGUCUUAUCAAGAUCUAUCACGAUGAGUUUGUCGGAGAGCUCGGCCGAUUACAGGUGAGCGAGGAAAUAUUGACGGAGCUCAGUUUGGAGUGGCUGAACGAUGAAUUGCGAACGUUCUCGUUUUACGGAGCGAAUACCGGUUGCUACUUCACAGAUCUGAUGUUCGCGGAAGAGAAAGACGCGUUAUCCAAAAUUGAAGCGUCUCGUAUGCAUGAGAUAAAACAGAAGAAAUUGAAUAGAAUUAAACGUAUCUUAUUCCAUCAGUACAGAAGAUACGUCUUGGGUAUUGUCGAGAAAGAUCCCAAACCGAUUUUCUCAUCACAAUUUUUGUGAUGAAUGUCUUUA